AUGAUCAAUCAAACCACAAACUUAUUCAGCUAAUUAGCUAAUCAAUAUUUAAAAGGUGAAAUCGAACAAGAUGUGAUUACCGAUCCAGAAAUCCAAAAGGUUGUUCAUGGUCUACAAAAAAAGAGUGAAACAACAAAAAUAAAAACAUUAUCAGAACUCAAAACUUUAUUACCUAAUAAAUCAUAAGAAUUCUUUGAAUAAUUUACACCUACUUUUGUAAAUAUAUAUAGAAGAUAUGUUGAUAAUGAAUAUGAAAGAAGAGUUUUAGAAUUAUCCAAUCAAGUUUUAUCUUUAAUUUGUGAAUAUGGGAAAAAGUCCUUAUCCAAAAAAUUCAAGUAAUUAUUCCCAUAAUGGUUUAUUAUGAUGAAUGAUUACAAUUCUGAAGUAUACAUCUACUUCAUUUAUUUAUUAGAUUUCAACAGCCGCAUUGAAUGCCUUUCAAAUUGCAUUCCCAACCAAAGAAAGAUAAACAUAAGCUAUAAAAAUGUGCAGUGAUUAAUAUAUAAUUGACUUAAAAUUAUAUAUGUCUCUAUCUAUUGCUACUAUCAAAUAAGAAUCUAAUUUAGAAGAUGAAAAAGUUGAUCAUAUCUAUGAAAGAUUGAAAGUAUCAGCCAUAAAUUCAAUUAAAACAGCCAUAGAAUGGAAUCCUGAUAAUGAUUUCAUUGAAUAAAUAAUGAAAUUACUUGAUUUUACUAAUAAAACUACCAUUAUUGUAGAAUUACUCAAUACUUAAAAAACUAGAAUUGUAGCAACAAUCAUUGAAACAUUACAUUUUCUAUUGUCUAAUGAUAUAUCAGCUCCCUUUGUCUUACAUAAAAGUGAUCAAUUACUUAAAAAGACAGUUUAACUAUUUGAAUAAAAAGAUCGUUUAAUAGUAAGUGCAUUAUGGAAAGGAUUUAUUACUAAAUUAUUCUAAAGAGUUUAAUAGGAUUAAAUAUUAAAACUCUAAGGUCUUGAAAAUAAAUCUUUGGAAUUAAUAUCUAAAGCUGGUUUUGGAGUUGGAAAAUUAUUAUAUGAUUAAUUGGUUAUAUUUGUAUCACUUAAUCCUAUCUAUAGUAUAGUAGAUAUUAAAAAAGAGGAAGUUUUUAGAUAAAAAUUAGCUUCUAUGACUAAAUUAUUAAAUGCUAUCUUAUCAGGUAUUACUCAUGAAGAAAGUAGAUUUUUUUCAGAAAAUUUAAUCAAUAGUUAUUUUGAAAUACUUUACUUUUUAGUUUGUAAAAGAAUGAUUCCUUGUUUGGUUCAAUAUAAUUAAUGUUUAGGAUAAGUAAAAAAUAUUAUUGUUUAAUCAAUCAAAUCAGUAUUAUAAAAUACUCUAUCUCAAUAAGGUGUAUAAGCAUAUAAUCAUAAUCCAUAUAAAUAAGUUCCAUUUAGUUUACUAUAAUUUUUCAAUAUUUUAAAAGUUAAAGAAGAAUAAUAAGAAUUUUUAAAUGAAAUUAUUAAAUCUAUUAUGUCUGAAUUCAAAACUCUACAAUUAGAUGAUUAUUAAGUAUUUGUUAAUAUAAUUUCAUAACUCUUUAAAGUUAAAGAAUAAAGUCCUGCUUAUUAGACAGUUUAGUAAUAUUUAAUCCAUGUAUUUGAUGAAAUCUAUAACAAUAAUGAUUUUGAAAGAGGAUCUUUACUUUUUGAAAUAAUCCCAAAUUCUAAGAAUUUUAAGAAAGAUAAUUUUGGUUAAAAGAUAUAAGAAAUAAUUAAUAAUUUAUUCAAUUCUAUUGAAUUAGUUUCUUCAGAAGAAUUAUUAAAAAAAUGUUCAUAAGUUAAAAUAUAUAUCUAUAAUUUAUAAAGAAUAAAUGAGUAAUUAAUAAUUGAAACUAUAUUAUAAAAGAUUAUUACUUAAGAAUACAAAUAAGUAAUUCCAAAAGAAGAAUAAUAAAUUUUUAAAUUAAAAUGGAUAUGUUUACAUAAUUUAGUUGAUAUAAGUCUUGAUCCAUAAUUUUAUUUAAAGUAUUUAACAAUGAAAGAUUCAUAAUAAGAAUAUAAUCUAAUUGAGAAAUAUGUUAAAUAUUAAUAAUUAUAAUAAAAUGAAACUUUUAUAACCAAAUUUUUAAGCUAAUCACUUAGUAUUACAAAUUUAAGUUAGAAAAUAUUUAUUCCUUGCAUUAUUUAAAAUGCUAAUUAACAAAUAUUAAAUAUACUUAUAUCAAAAUAUUAAUAAAUAGGUUAAUAAGUUAUUAAGACAAUGGAUAAAAAUUACCUAUAGAUAUUUGAAGAAUUAUCAUAUAUUAUGAAUAAAAUACAACCAUAAUAAUUAUUAUUUGAUGUUCUAUUACAAUUAUAUUUAAAAAACUAAAGUCAAAAAGGUAAUUUCUUAUAUAAAUUAAUAAAUAAAAAAUAUUAGGAUUUGUUUGUUUAGUUUUUCUAAACCACAUUACCAUUAAUAAAAACUGAAACAUUAUAAUAACAUCUUCAUUUCUUUUAAGAUCUAUUUACAUAAUUAAAUAGUUAAGAUUUAUUAUAAUUUUUAAAUUUUAACUUUUAAAGCUCUAUAUCUUGGAAAAUCUUGUCUCUAAUUGAAAUUCCAUAAGAUUAUUUCAAAAAGAUGUAUUAAAAUAAUUAAUUGGAAUUAUUAGCUUUGUUUUUAGCAUCUAAUUAUUCAUCUAUUAUGUUAUAUGAUCAUAAGUUAAAGAGAUUCAUAUAAAAUAUUCUUGGAAAUCAAAUAAUUCCCAUUUUCUUAGAUUCUUAUGAAUAAUAAGAACCAAAAAGUUUAGAUCUUAUAAAAAUUUUAUUUAACAACACUGAUAUAGUUUAUGGAGUUGCACUUAAAAACCUAAUAAAAUAAAUAACAAUAGAGGAGAGAGAGAAUAAUUAUAGAUCAAAAUAAACAGAUUUAUUAGCAUAAUUAAUUGUGGAAUAACUAAAAAUAGCUUUAAAUGAUAAUAAUGUAAAUAAGUUGAUAACUAUAAGAUAAAUUAUAAAUGUAGUGGAUUUAAAGCAAUAAUUCUAAAAUGUUUUAUAAACUUAUCAUUAAAAUAAAUAGAUUUCAUAUUUAGAUUUAUAUACACUUAUGUUAAGAUAACAAUCAAAUCUAUUAGAAUUAGAAGAUGAAACAGAAUUAGAUUAAACAAUAAAAUUGUUAUUUGAAAUGAAUUUGGAAUCUAAUUAUGAUAAAAUGGUUGUAUUUGAUUUUAUAAAUUUAAUUUGUGAAAGAAAAACAAUUACACCAUUUGCAGCUUAUAUAAAAUAAAUUAACAAUUUAUUUAGAUAAUUAUUUUAAUAGAAUGUUCAAUUAAAAAGAUUUUAUUCAUUUAGUAUUGUAUCAGCACUUUAAUUUGUUAGAAAAAUAUUGAACUUUAUUGAAGCAUUUCCAAUAGAAUUUAUAGAUUAUCUAAAUUUUGAAUUAACAGAUUCUUUAUUAUAAAUAAUUCAAUUUUGUGAAAAUCCAAAUCCAGAAUUUAUGGAUGAAUAAAAUGAUACUCUAUUUAUUGAAUAUGCAGAAACUCUAUUACGUUGUAUUUAAAUGGAAUAAUGGCAAAAGAUUGAUGAUUCAAUAUAUUAUCAAUUAUUAUAAUGUCCAUUCAUUAGUAUCUAAAAAGCUGCAUUUAUUGCAUUAAAGAAUAUAUAAGAUCAUAGUGGUUUAAGUCCAGUUUUGGAUGGAUUUGAUAUGAAAAAAGAAGAAAUGAGAAGAUUAAGAUAAGAAGAUGAGGAAGAUGUAGAAGAUAUAAUAACAUUCCCUCUUGAUGGUAAAAUAUUAACUAAUUUACUUGCUUGGCUUGUUGUUUUAUAGAAUAAAAAUUGUGUUUAAUUUAAAGAUAAGUAUCCUACUUAUUUAAGCAAUCUAUUAUACAUAUUAUAAUUUUUAAAUGAUAAUGGAGUUAUGGCAAAGUUUAAUUAUAAAGAAAUUUAUUAAUAGGAUUUAAAUCUUAUGGUAAUUUAGGAUGAUUAAUCUGAAUUAUUAAAGAUGAUUGUAAUUUCAUUUUAUUAAUUUAUUGUUGCUUAAUAAAGUUAUUUUAAAUAAUGGUACAAUUAAGAAUGUAAUACAACAUAAAAGAAAUAAUUAGAAGAUUUACUUUAGAUUAUUAGUAAAGCAAUAUACACAAGAGAAAUUGAAUUGAUUGAAUUAAAUUAAGAAGAAUGGCGUAGUGAAGGUUUUGAUAUUUAUAUAUCUAAAAAUCAAUAAGAAAUAACAGCUACUUAUUAAAAGGAAGAAUAAAAAAUAGAAAUCCUUAUAUAAGUUCCUGUAGGAUUUCCUUUAAAACCAUUAAAAGUAGAAACUAAGAAAGGAGUGAAGAUUAGUGAAGAUAAAUUAAAAAAAUGGAGUCUUAUGAUUAGAAUGAUCUUAUAAAAUGAAAAUGAUACUAUAUUAACAGCAUUAAAAUUAUGGAAGAAAAAUAUUGAUUAACAAUUUUAAGGUAUAAAUCUAAUUAAAUAUGAAUUUUAGAUCUUGAAGAAUGUGCUAUUUGUUAUUAUAUAAUCCAUUAGAAUGGAGAAUUACCAAAAAUGGCUUGUAGAACAUGCAAACAUAAAUUUCACUCAACUUGUAUUUAGAAAUGGUUUCAUAGUAGCAACAAAAGUGAUUGCCCCUUAUGCAAGAGUUAAUUUUUAUGA